AUGGCCUCCAUGGCUGUCAUCGAUGAGAAACUGCCUGCGGACCACCGCAUCGAGGAUAUCGCGGGCAAGUCUCCCAGCGAGGACGAGGAUGAAUUCACGGCAGAGGAGAAGAAGAAGAUUAUUCGGCGGGUUGAUCUACGUCUCGUCACGAUGACAGGGCUCGCGUAUUGUAUUUCGCUGAUGGACCGCACGAACCUCAGCAUGGCGGCUGUCGCAGGUCUGAAAGAAGAAUUGCGAUUGGAUAUCGGACAGCGCUACUCUAUUAUUGUCCUGAUGUUCUUCGUGCCCUAUAUCAUCUUCCAGCCGCCCAUGACGAUUGUCAUCCGCAAGUUCGGACCUACGAUAUUCUUGUCGUCGAUUAUUAUAUGCUGGGCGGCAAUUAUGAUUGGAAUGGGAUUCGUCAAAGACUGGGGUCAGCUAGUUGUCACUCGUGUCCUCCUGGGUAUCUUGGAAGCAGGCUAUUUCCCUGGCUGCGUCUACCUGCUUUCAUGCUGGUACACACGAUAUGAUGUCCAAAAACGAUUCUCCAUUUUCUACCUCAUCGGCUGUGUCGCUUCUGCACUCGCAGGAAUCCUCGCAUUCGGUUUGAUGCAAUUGAAUGGAAAGCAUGGACUGACAGGCUGGCGAUGGAUUUUCAUCCUCGAAGGCGUGAUCACUGGCUUCAUUGGAAUUCUCUGUUUCUUCUUCCUCGUCGACUUCCCCGAUCGCGCGCAUAAAUCAUGGCGCUUCCUCAACGAGCGCGAAUGCGCAUUCGUCAUCCGCCGCAUCAACGAGGACCGAAACGACGGCAACAUGGAAGCAUUCUCACUCAAGAAGUUCCUCAAGCCAGCAGCCGAUCCCAAGAUCUGGGGCUUCGCUAUGAUCUUCUUCUGUUUGACAACAGUCACCUACGCAAUUGCCUAUUUCCUCCCCAUCAUCCUGCGCCUGGGAAUGGGAUACGGCGUCGGUGAAUCGCAGUGUCUCGUCGCACCUCCAUACGGAUUUGCCGGAAUCGUGAUGUACGCGACAGCGUGGGCGGGCGAUAAAUACCGGAUGCGCGCACCAAUCCUGAUAUUCAAUGCCUUGCUCGCCAUUAUCGGGCUUCCUAUGAUGGGAUUCGCGAAGAGCGAUGCCGUUCGCUACGUCGGGGUUUUCUUCACGGUUGCUGGAGCCAAUGCUAAUAUUCCGGCAUGUAUGGCGUACCAAGCGAAUAAUGUGCGUGGGCAAUGGACGCGUGCGUUCUCCAGUGCCACGCUUGUGGGCUUUGGUGGGCUGGGCGGUAUUGUCAGUAGUUUGGUUUUCCGGGAGCAAGAUGCGCCCGGUUAUCGGCCCGGCAUGUAUGCUGCUAUCGCAUGUAACAUCCUUAUCAUUAUCCUUGUUUUGGCGCUCAGUCUUUGGUUCAGGAUCUGUAAUAAACAGGCGGAUCGGGGAAAGCGGGUCAUUGAGGGUGAUGUCGCUUUCCGAUAUACUAUUUAG